AUUUCGAUGACGUGUCAGAGAUGCACCACGUGUAUCGUAUACAUAUGACACGUCGUUGAUCGGUGCACUUCAGACGGAAGCGAGUGUUCAAAACGUAAUUUCAAGUGAUAGGCAAACGGCUAUCGUUUAGUGCAUCACGAAACUUCCAAUUAUUCAUUUAUAUAUCCGUCCUAUUAAACUUCUACAACGUUAGAAUAUUUGACGUUAAAGAAUUUGUUUUAUUGACUACAAAAUUACUACUGUGAUAAAAUACUUUUCGUUUGAAAGUAAAUUUAAUUAUCAGAAACCACAAUGCCUGCUGCACCUAGUGCAACGUCGGUUGGAUCUGGCGGUCGUUCACCUAGCAAAGCUAUAGCACCUAGAGCAGGUGGCAGUGGUACUGUCAGACAACGCAAAACUGCCACUGCUACAUCCUCUAGAAAUAGAAACACUGGUACAAGCUCUGGUGGUAUGUGGAGAUUUUAUACGGAUGAUUCGCCUGGUAUCAAAGUAGGUCCUGUACCAGUACUGGUUAUGUCUCUCUUAUUCAUCGCAUCCGUGUUCAUGCUUCACAUUUGGGGAAAGUACACCAGAUCUUAAGGAUACAAAAAUUAUGUUAAAUGGGAUUACAUCGCAAAUAAGACUUAUCAGGAGGAGGAGGAGAAUGUUUCAAUUACACGUGUAAGAUUAGCGAGAACUGUUAAACAUUAAUUUUACAUAAAGAGAUUUGCUUUUGUAUUAACCAUGCAAAGUGUGAUUAUUCAUGCAAUGCAUCUUCUUCGUCGAAUGUGCAUCCACUUGACGCGUGUCUAUUACAAACUUUUUACACUUCCUAUAAGUAAAUCAAUGAUUCCAUUUUGAAAUUACAUAUAUUUAAAAACAAAAAACAUGAGAUAAUAAGUUAAGUUCAAUGUACAAAAGGAACGUAACGUCGUUACCUUCCUUCUUGAAUCUUGUUGCAAUUUAUAUUUAGGAUAUUUAAUUAUUAUUCUAAUAACAUUCAUUAAAGGUACAAUCUUAUAUUAUUGGAAUAAACAUAAUUUAUUCUUAACACAA